AUGUUUUUAAAGUUUCUUGGACUCUGUGUUUUUUUGGGAGCAUUUUUCCUGUCUUCGGCCUACAAUAUAACAUCUAAUGUUAUUGAAGGUAUUCCUGGUAAUAUAAAUAUUAAUAUAGCACCAUUUGUAAAGAUCGGAAAUGGCUAUUACUUCUUUGAACGCAAUCUAAGAGGGAAUUGGUAUGCUGCCUACGAAUCUUGUCGACAAAUGGAAGCAGAAUUAGUCGCUUUUGAAAGCGUAGAAGAAUUGAAUCUGGUAUCUCAAUACCUAAAUAAUUCGGAAGACGGUGAUUUUUAUUGGGCCGCUGGAACUGAUUUGGCGGAGCAGCAUAAACAUGUUUGGUUCUCGAAUGCACAGCCUGUUUCUUCGGAUUUGUGGAUUCCGGGAGAGCCAAGUAAUGAUGAUAAUAAUGAGCGGUGCGAUGGUUUGUGGUUCAGGUACGGAUUGCGUGGACUAAAUGACGCAAAAUGCAUUUCAACUCAUAACUACAUUUGUGAGGCCCCCCAGCCAAAAACGGGUUACUUUGUUGUGUGGUAGAUAGAUCCAAAUCGUUUUUACAUUAAAUAUUCAUUUCGACCAUAUCAAAUUU